GGGGCGGGGUAGCCCCGCGCGGGGCCCGCCGGGAAGAUGGAGAACUUCUCGGCGCUCUUCGGCGCGGCCGAUCCGCCGCCCGCCGCCGCCGCCGCCGCGCUCGGCUUCGGGCCUGCCAAACCGCCGGGCGCCGGGGCCGCACCGCCGCCCGCCGCUGCCGCCGCGCCGCAGCCGGGCGAGGAUGCGGCCCGCAAGGCCGCCACCGGCCCCUUCUACCUGCUGCGGGAGCUGCCAGGCACCACGGAGCUGACGGGCAGCACGAACCUGAUCACGCACUACAACCUGGAGCACGCCUACAACAAGUUCUGCGGGAAGAAGGUGAAGGAGAAGCUCAGCAACUUCCUCCCCGACCUGCCCGGCAUGAUCGACCUGCCCGGCUCCCACGACAGCAGCAGCCUGCGCUCGCUCAUCGAGAAGCCGCCCAUCUGCGGCAGCUCCUUCACGCCCCUCACGGGGGCCAUGCUGACCGGGUUCCGCCUGCACGCCGGCCCGCUGCCCGAGCAGUGUCGGCUGAUGCACAUCCAGCCCCCCAAGAAAAAGAACAAGCACAAGCACAAGCAAAGCCGCACGCAGGACCCCGUCCCCCCAGAAACCCCCUCGGACUCCGACCACAAGAAGAAAAAGAAGAAAAAAGAGGAGGAUCCAGAGCGGAAGAGGAAGAAGAAAGAGAAGAAGAAAAAGAAGAACCGGCACAGCCCAGAGCACCCGGGUGUGGGCAGCUCCCAGGCCAGCAGCAGCUUGCGGUGAGACCACUCCGGCACUGCCCCGGGGACCCCCCAGCCGAUGGCCCCGGUUGACCC